AUGAUAACUGGACCUGAUCAAGAUAAAUUACAACAUUCUAAUGUAGGCCUACGUAACUCCUUUUUUUUCCAAAGAGUCAAUGUUAGGACCGUCAUUUGGGCGUACCGGAAGACCAUUAUCCUUGUAACAACUCCAUUGAUAUGUCUUCCUCUCAUCACAAUCAUUGCAAGUGGGCCUUCGAAGGGCGCCUUUGUAAUUAUAAUCAUGGCGGUCUACUGGGUAUUUGAGAUCCUACCUAUAGCUAUCACAUCCCUUCUCCCCAUCAUCCUCUAUCCGCUGCUUGGGAUCCAGGACUCAGAUGAUGUCUGCAGGAACUACUUACAGGACACUUUAUUCAUUGGUGGGCUUAUCGUUGCAGUGACCAUUGAGCAUUGGAAAGUCCAUAGAAGAUUUGCCCUAGGUGUUCUGCUUCUCAUUGGGUCUAAACCAAGAAGGCUGAUGCUCGGUUUAAUGUUGGUGACAGCUUUCUUGUCAAUGUGGAUGAGUAACACUGCCACCGCUGCCAUGGUAGUGCCUAUAGCUCAGUCAGUCGCGAUGCAACUUAUAGAUCAAAGAAGAAAUCUCAAGAGGAAAAGGAAUGUCCAAAUCCAAUCAGUAGUAUACUUUGAGGUUGCGGAUAAUAAGAGAGAAAUGGAGACUGACAAAAUUUCAUUCACUUGUCAAACGCAAACUGCUCUGGAUAAGAAUGAACAAAGUGAUGUGGAAGACUUCAAUGAAAGGGACUUAUUGGAUGAAAAGGCAAAGAGCAAGGAUAUCUCGAAUGAGUAUAGCGAUCAAAUUGACUAUGAGACAAUGACCGAGGAAGAAAGAAAAAUGUGUAAGGGGUUGCUGCUGUGUGUAGCCUAUGCAGCUAACAUAGGAGGCACAGCUACCUUGACAGGAACAGGAUCUACUGUAGUCAUUGCUGGACUGGUUGAUGAGAGCAGCAGAAAUAAUGGAGGAGACAUGGCUACAAAGGAAGAAGAGAAGGCUGCAAGAAAUGUCAUAAAGCAAGAAUAUAAAAAACUUGGACCAUGGACAUGGGGUCAGAUUGCAGUCUUGCUUCAUUUUCUUCUACUGGCCCUGAUGUGGUUGUUUAGAAACCCUAAAUUCAUUCCCGGAUUCUCAGGAUGGUCUGGCAUCUUUCCAAUUCCAGGAUAUCUGUCAGAUGGGACUGCUGUUACCAUCGUUGUCUUACUUCUAUUCAUCUUCCCCGCCUACCCACCUUGGUUCUUGAGAAACUUUAGGACAGAUAAUGAUGGAAAACCUAAAUCUCGGGAUGCCCUUCUUGACUGGAAGACUGUUCAAAGGCAGUUACCAUGGAACAUCAUUCUCCUAAUUGGUGGAGGCUUUGCUCUGGCUAAAGGUACAGAGAAAUCUGGUCUCUCUGAUUGGUUAGCCGAUCAAUUACAGGUGUUAGAUGUCUUACCUCCGUGGGUCUUUGUUCUCAUCAUCACCAUUAUCAUCUGUUCUUUCACAGAGUUUACCAGUAAUUUUGCUGCAGCAACGAUCUUCUUGCCAAUUCUUGCUGCUUUGGCUGAACGUAUGUGCAUGAAUCCUCUAUACAUCAUGAUACCAGCGGCUAUCUCUAGUGCCUAUGCAUUCAUGUUGCCUAUAGCCUCGCCCUGUAAUGCUAUUGCACUAUCCUACGGCUCCCUCACUGUUCAAGAUAUGAUGAAAGCAGGUGUUGGGAUGAAUGUGAUCGGUAUCAUUGUAGUCAACCUUCUAAUCAACUCCAUGGGUAUACUGGUCUUUGAUGUCUUCAACUACCCAACCUGGGCUGGGAACAAUGCUGUGUGUUUAUCAAACAAUUCUAUGUCAACAACCCUUAACAUGACAACUGCCGACUAUGUCACACUAACUUGACUAGUAGACUUGAGCAUGCUAAAUGGCGCUUAUAAAAGAGAAGUCCAUAAUCAAGUAGAGUAGCUAUAAAGAGAACUAUGAAAUGAAGCAUAUACUAAUGAUAUGUUUUGCUUUCACAUUAUUUCUUGAUUUCCUUAAAUAUAAUAUAUGUAUACGAAAAACAUACAAGAUUUUGUUAUGUUUCUUCAUAAAGCCCUCAAAAGAAUUACUAAACUCAAGUUUGAGGAGUAAUGAUAUUUUUGUUGCUCUAUGAUAUGUGAAUAGAAAACAUUAUUAAUCCUCUUUAAAAAGAUGUGUCAUUUGUUGAUAUGCGGAUCAUAGAAUGCGCAAUCCUGAUAAACAUGAAGGUAAAUUAUAAACAUGAAACUUUAACAAAUUUGUUGUCAGUAGAAAAUGGCCAAUUGUUUUGAGGAUGAACUGAGUAAAACUUCAAAACAUAUUUUAUUAAAAAGAAUUGGAGAUGUUUGGCUAAAAGACCCCACUACAUUUUGCAAGGUUUUACUUCCAUUCUGUCUUUUCCAUAUAUUCAAGAAAUGGCACAUUCCAUGAUUACAGAAUUGUAACAAAUGGCAUACCAUAUAAAAGCAGAAUAAAGAACCCCUUCCAAUGCAAGUUCAGUU